CGCAAAGAAAAGCAAAAGUGUUCGAUCAUGUUGGAUUCCUUCUCCUACCGAAUAGAAGCCACCUGCACAUCUGGAAUCAUUCAACUGUCAAAAUACAACUCGGUCGCACAAAAUACAAUCCCGCAGGAUUGCUAUCACAUCCAUGUUGAUGAGGAUGAUGAACAUAUCGUCUAGACAAUGAAUCUAUCGCAAAUUCGAAAUACUCUGAAAUACAAAUAAAGUGAAAUUCCGAUAACAAGGUAAACCUUGCAUAAGUAUCUACCCGGUUACAACGAUUUCAUCAGCGAAGCCGAAUCUAAUAGAGUAAAUCCAUUGAAUCACUACAUAUGUACAAGAGGCUGUGUUUCUGUGAAGACAAGAAGUUCUAAAUCAAAUCGCUUUCCUUUAUGUUGAAUGUUCGCAGGCAUACCCAUACGACCUAGUAGGAAGCAAGACGCAGCCAUUUUCGUUUUUCCUUCUUCUCUCCCUGUUUUCUGAUUCUGGUCUGGGCCUGUUCGAUUGUAGUUGAAGAUAAUCUUAUUCGCGGUGGAAGUUUGAGGUCUUUGUUGUUCACCGCGACAUUCAUUUGCCCACCAUGAGGACGAUGGCAGACAUGCGCCGCGAACAGGACGCGGCAAAGGGCGGCGGCAAAAAAGGAAAAAAGGGCGUCGAAAGCUACUCUGGCGGGGAGAGGAGCGGGUAGCGCUUUGGCUUUUUGAACAUUGUGACUUUAGUACGGGUGUGGUGCGAAAGUUGGCCGACUCGGUUGUAGGCGCAGAUGCUAUAGUACUAUUUCUGCCGUUGUUUGAAUUGCUGACUCUGGCAAGAUCUGCAAGAAGCUCGUAAGUAGAGACGAGCGAUUUAACGUACACUCAAUGAAUGUACAUAAAUCACUCACAGCAUGGCCGUGUUCCAGCCUGGUCAAGAGGGCGGUGGUGACGCAAAUGAUGCAUUUGCCGCCGCCAGAGCUGCCGGUGCGGUAACGGACGGGGGCCCGUUGCCGGAAGGAUCCGCAACUGUGACGCUGUACGCUGACGGAUUCACGAUAAACAACGGCCCCUUCCUAUCCUGAGUAAAAACGUACCCACACCAGAGUUGUAAUGCAGAUUUGCGAAGACAGGAAGACUUGUAAUGCGCAUCCCCAUGAGAGCCAUUUCCAAUCGUGUUUUGGAAUUUGUGAUGCUGUGAACAGGAUGAGCCGAUGAAUCUGUGAUGCGGCUGCACUUGCUAACCUGCACUACACUGCAUAGUGCAACUUGUUGCGCGUGACUCACAAAACUCCUAGGUUUGUGUUGCAAAAUCCUCAUCCUGACUCUGCUGUGGGUACGUUUUUACUCAGGAUACUUCCGGGCGACCAUUGAUCCCGCGAACAAAAAAUUCGUCGACGACAUCCAGCAGGGUAUUGCGCCGGAGGAACUAAAAAUGGCAGACGGAUCCGCUGUCCACAUCGCCGUCGUGGAUAAAAGACCAGCGAAAUACGCCGACGCGCAAACGGGCGGCGUCAGCGGAGGGCAAAGCAGCAGCUCAAACUACAACCCCAUUAAGCCGGGGACGGCAGGUACUAGAUAAUUUACUUAGAAAAAUAGAAUCUUCAAAAUGUAGAUCAUCUUGUCGUCAGUUUACAGUUUUGAUGUCCCACCAUAAACUUCUUAGCAAAAACAGACUCUGUGUUCCGCAUUAGCCGCAACUCCUAAAUACAAAACAAAAAUCCACUGCACACAAAAAAUCCACUUACACAGACCUCAGCCAAGGCGCUACAGCGGGCCCGACCGCAACGGGAACGGGCUCCGUAGACAUUGACGAGGGGAAGCCAAAAACAACGAUCAUGAUCCGAUUCGGAGAUGGGAGGAGGCAAACGCAGGUAACUAUUCAAUUGUGGAUCGAAUGCGAAUUUAUAAAGUUUUUGAUUUGACAGGGAAGUAUAAUGAAACCAUGGCAGCAACUUCUUGAUUGUGAUUGCUUCUAUUUUAGAGGCUGUCUAGGAUCGCGGCGAGCUCAUAGCAAUGCGUGAGACUAUGUACACGGGCUGCACCACAAAUACUUCCACGUCCACUGCAUUCGAAUACCGUUAAACUUAAAAUUUUAGGAAUUCAACGAAGACGCUUUGGUUUCUGACCUGUACAAGUUCGUGGAGGAGUGCACAGGGGUGUCUGAAUUCAAACUUCUCGAGGGCUUCCCACCAAAACCGAUUAUCGACAAAGUAGCGACCUUGAAGGCGGCCGGCUUGCUGAAGGCAAGUGUGAGCGUGAAGCUGUAG